CAUGUAUUCAGUUACAUUAGUAAAUAAAUAUGAAUAAUAAUUUAAAAAUAAACACUAUUUUAACGAACAUAAUAUCAAUGUUGGUAAAUACAUUUCAGCAGUGACUCAAUUCAAGUGUUUAUCAGAGCUAAAAAUAAAUAGAAUUAUCCCGGUGAGUCCCUAUAUUUGUCAUGAGGGUGUAUGGGAGACGAGACAGGGCAAGAGCAAGAGCUGGGAUAAAAAUACAAUUUGACAGUUGACACACAUUUUCUCUUGCGAAAAAUCAAUAUUUUAUCUGUACUCGAAAUUACCGAUGAUUUUUCCAAGUGUCGACCGUUUCCUCUGAGUAAGCCGUUAGAUGAAUAUCCGAACGACGUGAAAAUGAAAUGGGGGGCCCACAUUUGGAUCUAUCACGUCAGUAUAGUGCUCUGCGCCUUGUGGGGUGCAACUGCCGCAUUAGAUAACCCUUACAAAAUAUUAGGCAUACACAAAAGGGCUUCGCAACAAGAAAUAAGGAAGGCUUACAAGCAGCUAGUUAAAGAAUGGCACCCUGACAAAUCUAACGAUCCGAAUGCCGAAGAAAGAUUCGUGGAAAUAAAACAAGCCUACGAAAUAGUGUCUGAUCCAGAGAAAAGACGGAGGUACGACAACUAUGGCAUUACAGAGGAUGAUUUCUACAACAAACCGAGUUUCGCCCCCCUUCACACUAAUCACCCAUUCGAAGACCUUUUCGCCCAGCACGGGGCCCAUUUCAAUUUCCAAAUGAACGACAUUACGUUUUUCCACAAACUCUCCAUUACCACGAGACAAUACGAUAAAACAAUUUUACCGAAAAGCAGGAGGGCGCCUUACUUGAUCUUCUUUUACACGGAUUGGUGUUUCCAAUGUAUACAAACUGCGCCGUAUUGCAGGAAAUUGAUAGAUUAUCUCGAACCGUUAGGAGUUAAUUUCGUUACAGUACAUUCGACGAGAGAACCCAAAUUGGGUAAGAGGUUAAGCAUUCACAGCAUACCCUGCUUGGUGCUUUUACUCGACGGAGACAUAUUUGUUUAUAAAGAAACCGUAACUAGCAUACAGAGAAUUAUAGAAUUCGUGAGGAACAAACUUCCCUAUAAAAUGGUGACUGCCGUAAACGAGGGUAACGUAGAACAAUUUUUAAACGGCUGGGAAGACAAUAGAAUUAGGGGUCUCGUAUUCCAGCCGAUGAAUACGAUUAGAUUGAGAUAUUUAAUCACGGCUUAUUAUUUUAGACACACUGUAGCUUUCGGAUUUGUAGAUUCGCACGAACUUAAAGUUAAAUAUCAAGUGCCCCACGACAUGGAUACGGUUUUGCUGUUUAACGAAAACACAUCGUAUCCUAUGGCGAGCGUUUCGAUGAAAGACAUCCCUACGCCUACUUUGCACCAAGUCAUUUCGGCCAAUAAUUACCUUAUAUUACCCAGGCUGUCUUCACAGGAAAUUUUGGAAUCGUUGUGUCCCGAGGAAUGGAAUAAGCUGAAGAAAAAGUUGUGCGUCGUUUUGGUGCUAUCCUCGCCUUCGGUUUAUCAUCCAUACAGGGAUUCUUACAAGAAUUUCCUGCAACAAUCCCCUUACAAAGCGGAGAAGGCGCGUUUCGUUUACAUCUACUACGACAAACAGAAGGAAUUCGUCGAUUCGUUGGUGCCGAAAGGGGAAAUAAUCCAACCGUUGUUGAAAAUCGUGAUAAUUUGGAGGAGGGACGCUUCGCAAGUGAUGUACGAAUGGCUGCCGGGCAAAUGGAACACCGGUAAAAAUUUCACUGAAACUACCUCAGCUUUAGGAAAAGUCCUAAAUAGGUUAAUGAAAUCCAGCGAAUCGUUGCCGAACGAGGCGUUCGUAAAGGAUUUAAUCGAUGAAAACGACAAAGGCAUCUUGGGCAGGCUUUACGUGAAAGUAUUCCAAUUCGUCGAGAAAACUUACGACGGCAUGACCACUGAUCAAAUAUUAGCGAUCCUUUCAAUCUUGGGAACAAUAUUGUUUAUAGUAGGCAUAGGAUAUUUCAUGGCUUAUUUAGUUCGUAUAGAAGAAGAAAACAUUCAAAAACAAAAGGCGAAAAGCAGCAACAACAACAACAACGGCAUUAAUUCGAAAUAUCAACCCGAACUGCAAAUUCACGAAUUCCGAUCGGAAACGUUCAACGCGCUAGUGAGGUUGUUGAAACCUGGCUGCAGAACUAUAGUGUUGAUAUUGGAUAUGGAAUCCAGACAACAACUCAUACCGCCUUUUCACAAGGCCGUUUGGCCUUACAGAAAGAACAAAACUCUGAUGUUCGCCUACAUGUACGUCGAAAGGGGCCUUAAGUGGUACAAGGAGGUGUUGCAGCUCUCUUUGCCCUUCAAAAAGGAGUUUAACAUUAAUCCUAGGAAUUGCGUCGGCACCGUGUUAUCCAUAAACGGCCAUAGGAAAUAUUAUUGCAUAUACCAUUUCAAGCAUACUGAAAAGAAGAAAAAGAUUAAGGAGCCGGUGGAGCCUUUGCCGCUUUCUGAGGUGGAUUGCGAAAGCGGGGCCUUCAUCGGUUUCGAUUCGGACAGCUCGGAGUCCGAUGACGGGGUGCAGUUUCAGGGCGCCCUCUUGAACGGGUUCUCAAAUUGGUUGGAUCGUUUGUUCGAAGGCACCACCCAACGGUUCCGCAUCAACUAUUGGCCCGAGUUUCCCAUAAAAUAAGCGGGCGAACGUUUCGGUUCGUUUGUGGUUCAUCAUUCGUUUGGUCCGUACGAAAGGAGGUACGUGUUAACAUUUUUUUAUCGAAACGGCGUGUUUUUUUACGAGGAGGAUGGAAAUUUGCGGAGGAUGGAUUGUCGAGUUUUGUUGGAGAUUUUGAUGGUUUUUUUUUUGGUUUUUAAUUUAGUCGGAGUUUCGCAUUCUCGAGUCUUUUAAGCGUAAUUAGUUUAGUGUAUUUAUUUAAUAUGUCUAAAUUAAUUAAAGUUCCAUUUUAUCUAUUAUACGUUGAUGUAUAUUAAGUGUAUAUAAAUGUUUUUGUGUCGUUACAGAAUGAUCGUCGGAUUCAUUACUUGUUAAAUGUUAAAAUGUUGACUUUUUUUUGAGGGAAUUUAACAGGUAAAUGAAAUUGUGAUAACUUGUUAUUUGUAAUCCAUAUUUAUUAUUGAUUCGAUUUCUGCAAUUGGAACAGCACACGAUUAAAAUCUGACGCUUCAGCCUCUCACUAUUUUAUUGUUAACGAUUUACCAGGAAAAUAGCUAAGCUUGAAAAUUAGUUGUUUUAGAGAGCCUAGUGAAUAAUAAUUUUUUUCUUCUUCAAAUGAAUCGUAAUCGUGCCUUGUUUGUUUUGCAGAAGAUUAUUCAAACGUGUCAUAAUCUAUCUGGGCCUUUGAAAAAAUAUUGUUCAUUCGUUCAUGCUUGCGGAAAUAAUCCAAAAAUUCCUCGAUUGAUUAAAAUUUUGAUGAAACACUUGAUAUAAUGAACUGAACUAAUAUAAUAUUUGUUCAAUAUAUUAAUUUUCUAGUCAAAUGAUUAUAAUAGAUUUACUAUUGAUUAGCGUAGGUAUUUAUAAAGUAUUAGGUAACAAAAUCACUUUCAUAUUGAAAAUUUUUCAUCCAAUGGAUUGUUUAGUUUAAAAU